AUGGUGAGUAAAUUUAGACGUUGUACAAAAGUAAUCAGGAGUCGUAUUUUAGAAGAGGAAAGGAAUAAGAAAAAGGCGAAGGAAAGUGGGAAUGUAAUCUUGCUGGGUGAGUUUUGGAUCUUCUUAAUUUUUUGAGUCAUUUGAAGGUAAAACAAGGUUAAAAAUGACUUUUUGGCGACUUAAUCACUACUUUACUAGGUGUUAAAUGGCUUCUUAUUGUGCAUAACGUCUUGUUUAAAAAUAAAUCUUGAUUUUUUCAACGAAAUUUUUAGAAAAAUAGCAAAAAAAUAAAAAAUGUCGAUUUUUUGUUUAUUUAAAUUUUAUGCCAAUUUUUAAAAGUCUUACAGUAUUGAAAAGUUGAUAAAAACGAAGCUAGUAGUGUCUGACAUACCUUUUAAAAAAAUCUUUAUUCAAAAACUGCCCAAACUGUCUUAAAAUUGACAAUUAUCAUCAAAAACCCGGGAAUUUUUGUGAAGUUUUUCUUUUUGCCGUAAACUUAUUUUAAAACGCCAAAUUAUUUUUCCAUUUGGCUCAAAAUACAAAGUAAGCUCUCCUAUCUUCCUAACAAUAGUUUAUUUUCCAGGCUCCAACCACAAUUCCAUCGCUAAUUUGAUGAACCUUCUGUGUAAUCAUGACUCAGCUGACGGCCAAAUUCAUAUCCUCAAUUAUCUCAGUAUUCUGAAAAAAGAAUCGAAUUCCAAAUCUCGAAAGACCCUCAAAUUCACAUAUCUCAACCUAAAAUUCCCUUCGCUCUUUCAAUUUUCGAUGUUUCCAAAAAUUUCGGAAAAUGUUACAGUAAUCGUCUUGAGUCCGGAUGACCCCGGAAAUGUGAUGAUGGAGUUGCGAGAGUCCUAUAUACGUUGUUACGAAGAGUUUCGAAGGAUUUUCGGGGAAGAUGUGAUAGAAAAAAUGCGGGAAAACAGUAAGUUUUUUUAUAAUUUUAUUGCAAUUUUUAGCUCAAAAAUUGUAAAUUUUCAAAAUUUAGAAAGAAGAGAGCAUGAGGAUUUAUUGGACGACAAAAGAUUUUGCUCCGAAUAUUGUGGAACUGAUGUUGUUGUGGUUUUAUUGGACUGGGAAGAUGACGUUUUGAAAUUUAAUGAACACAAUAAGUUGUUAUAUCAAUUAAGGCAGUUUUGUCAUGUCCACGGCGCCGCCUUGGUAUGUUUUGUUCAUUUUUGAGGGCAAAUCGACCUUUCUUUCGGUCAUUCAGCCAGUCAUUUUGAAGGAAAUUUCAAAAAAUUCGUCAUGAUGACUUCUUUAAUUUUCAUGCUCUGUUGGGUAUACGAAAAGGAGGACAAAUUUUUUUAUAGUAUCAAGUCAGCUUGGACAGUAGGAACAAGCUGCUGAUGACGUAUUUUCUGGAUUUUUUAUUUCGUAAAUUUAAAAAAUUCUGAUUAAAAAUUUUUUUUUCAAAUUUACCCCUGUUAUAACGUAAAACUACCCUUUUAGAUCAGCGUGAACUGUUUGGACGACACAACUAUCGCCCUUCUCAGGGACUAUCUCCUCCAUCUCCUGCUUGACCACCCCUUCGAACCUUCGACUUCCUUCUCCAAUAUCUCAGAUUCUUUCAUUCCGAUUGCGGGCGAUCGCCAAGAAUUCCUUCGAGAAAUGACAGAGACUUUUGGAGACCUGGACAUUGAAUUUCCAAUCCACAACCGACUCCAGAAUGGACUGACGAAAGAUUGGGAGGAUGAUGAACAGAAAUUUUUGCAAAAGUUAGAACAACGAUUGCUGAUGGACCCAAGGGAUGGCAAGGCGGAGAACAAGAAAGGUCCGAGGAUGACUGUUCAGGAGGAGUUUCAAAAGUUGUUGGAAGAAACGAGGACCAAAGCAUGA